AUGAGGCAAUUUGUUGUAACAGCUCUUGUUUUACUACAAGCUUCUGUUCUUCUUCAUCAAUCCACAUGUGUUGUGUUCCUCACUACACAAGACUCUCUUUCUCCUCAACCUUCUGCUUCCACUCCCGAACUAUCUCCGGGAUUUCAACAGGAAGAGCAUAAACAACAUAGUAACAACAUGAGACUGGUUAUUUCGCUUGCAGCCGCAUUUUCCUUAGUUGGUAUAAUCUUAGUUUGCUCUCUGCUCUAUUGGGUUUUCCAUAGGAGAAGAAACCUCAAGAGCUCAGGCUGCGAGUGUAGUGGAAUCACAUUGUCACGGUUCUUGAAUCGGUCAAAAACAUUCGAGAAGGGAUCUACAAAGCACAGAGUCGUGUCUUUGAUUGAUUACGAAACGAUAGAAAAGGGAACCAAUGGUUUCAAGGAGAGUAACAUUUUGGGGCAAGGUGGGUUUGGAUGCGUUUAUUUGGCUACAUUAGAGAACAACGUUCAAGCUGCGGUUAAGAAGCUAGACUGUGCCAAUGAAGAAGCAGCGAAGGAAUACAAGAGUGAGGUUGAGAUAUUGAGUAAGAUAGAGCACCCGAAUAUAAUAUCCCUCUUGGGUUAUAGCACGAAUGAGACUGCACGGUUCAUCGUCUACGAGCUGAUGCCAAAUGUCUCUCUGGAAUCUCACUUGCACGGAUCUUCUCGAGGGUCGGCGAUCACAAUCACGUGGCCUAUGAGGAUGAAGAUUGCUCUUGAUAUAGCGAGGGGACUAGAAUAUUUGCAUGAACAUUGCCAUCCAGCGAUCAUCCACAGGGACUUGAAAUCGUCCAACAUAUUAUUGGAUUGUAAUUUCAACGCAAAGAUUUCAGAUUUUGGUCUUGCUGUUGUGAAUGGACCAAAGAACAAGAACCUUAAACUUUCCGGGACAGUUGGCUACGUUGCACCAGAGUAUCUUCUCGAUGGCCAAUUGACAGAAAAGAGCGACGUGUAUGCGUUUGGAGUAGUGUUAUUAGAGCUUCUACUCGGGAAAAAACCGGUCGAGAAAACCGGUCCCAGUGAAUGCCAAUCCAUCAUCACUUGGGCAAUGCCUUAUCUCACUGAUCGGACCAAGUUACCAAACGUCGUAGAUCCUGCGAUUAAAGACACGAUGGACUUGAAACAUCUAUACCAGGUAGCAGCAGUGGCGGUUUUGUGCGUGCAGCCAGAACCGAGUUAUAGACCGUUGAUCACAGACGUCUUGCAUUCUCUUAUACCUUUGGUUCCUAUGGAGCUUGGUGGGACCUUAAAGACCAUCAGAAGAUCUUCUUCAAUGGAUCACUGUUAA